AAACGGGGAAUAACAAUCGUUUUUCUAAGCAAUUUUUAAUUAAACCAUAAUUUUACGUUUAUUAGAGAGUGAAAAGGUUGUGUAAUUAACAUCGAAGAUGUCGGUGCCUCCACAGGCGUUUGUGAAUAAAAAUAAGAAACAUUUUCUGGGGAUUCCAGCGCCCUUAGGUUAUGUUGCUGGUGUUGGUCGAGGUGCCACUGGGUUCACCACACGAUCUGAUAUCGGUCCAGCGAGAGACGCCAAUGAUGUAUCGGAUGAUCGGCAUGCUCCACCGGCAGCUAAGCGUAAAAAGACCGAGGAAGAAGAUGAUGAUGAAGAUUUGAAUGACUCCAACUAUGAUGAGUUCUCUGGCUACAGUGGCUCUUUGUUUUCGAAGGAUCCAUAUGACAAAGAUGAUGCUGAAGCAGAUGCAAUUUAUGAAUCCAUUGAUAAAAGAAUGGAUGAGAAAAGAAAAGAGUACAGAGAAAAACGUCUCAAAGAGGAUUUGGAAAGAUACCGUCAAGAGAGGCCAAAAAUCCAACAACAGUUCUCAGACUUAAAACGUGAAUUGAAAUCAGUGUCUGAAGAUGAAUGGUCAGCGAUACCAGAGGUUGGUGACGCACGCAAUAGGAAGCAACGUAAUCCUCGUGCGGAGAAGUUCACACCGUUGCCAGAUAGUAUGCUGUCUCGGAACCUUGGAGGAGAGUCAUCGUCGUCAAUUGACCCUGGAUCUGGUCUAGCAUCUAUGAUGCCUGGUGUAAUGACACCAGGAAUGUUGACACCAUCUGGUGAUUUGGAUUUAAGAAAGAUAGGUCAAGCAAGAAACACUCUUAUGACAGUAAAACUGUCGCAAGUAUCAGAUUCCGUAACAGGACAAACCGUCGUGGAUCCUAAAGGCUACCUGACCGAUCUUCAGUCCAUGAUACCAACUUACGGUGGCGAUAUAAAUGAUAUCAAGAAAGCCAGGCUGCUGUUGAAAUCUGUUAGAGAGACAAAUCCCAAUCAUCCUCCUGCCUGGAUUGCCAGUGCUAGGUUGGAAGAAGUUACUGGCAAAGUACAAUCAGCCCGUAACUUAAUCAUGAAGGGUUGUGAGGUAAACCCGAGUAGUGAAGAGCUGUGGCUGGAGGCCGCGAGGCUGCAGCCGCGAGACACCGCUCGAGCUGUCAUCGCUCACGCCGCGAGGAACCUGCCGCACAGUGUCAGGAUAUGGGUGAAGGCUGCAGACUUGGAACAGGAAACCAAGGCAAAACGCCGAGUUUACCGCAAAGCAUUAGAGCACAUACCCAACUCAGUCCGUUUAUGGAAAGCGGCGGUAGAAUUAGAAAACCCAGAAGACGCCCGCAUUUUGCUCUCAAGAGCCGUCGAGUGCUGCCCUACCAGCGUCGAGUUGUGGCUCGCUUUAGCCAGGCUUGAGACAUAUGAGAAUGCUAGAAAAGUGUUGAAUAAAGCCCGUGAGAAUAUACCCACGGAUAGGCAAAUUUGGGUGACGGCUGCUAAGCUUGAAGAAGCACAUGGUAACACACAUAUGGUGGAGAAGAUUAUAGACCGUGCGAUCACAUCACUGAGUGCAAACGGCGUUGAAAUAAACCGCGAGCAUUGGUUCAAAGAGGCGAUGGAAGCUGAGAAGUCGGGAGCUGUGCACACUUGUCAAGCCAUUAUUCGUGCAGUCAUUGGACACGGUAUUGAACCUGAAGAUCAGAAACACACAUGGAUGGAAGAUGCUGAAGCUUGCGCAAACGAAGGCGCGUACGAGUGCGCCCGCGCGGUGUACGGCUACGCGCUGUCGGUGUUCCCGUCCAAGAAGUCCAUCUGGCUGCGCGCCGCCUACCUGGAGAAGCAGCACGGCUCGCGCGCCAGCCUCGAGGCGCUGCUGCAGCGCGCCGUCGCGCACUGCCCCAAGUCGGAGGUGCUGUGGCUCAUGGGCGCCAAGAGCAAGUGGCUGGCCGGUGAUGUACCAGCGGCUCGAGGUAUCUUAUCCCUGGCUUUCCAAGCUAACCCCAACUCUGAAGAAAUCUGGUUGGCGGCCGUCAAGCUUGAGAGCGAGAACAAAGAGUAUGACAGAGCGAGACGACUGCUGUCGAAAGCGAGGGCUUCUGCUCCCACGCCGAGGGUAAUGAUAAAAUCGGCGAAACUCGAAUGGGCGCUGAACAACUUGGAUGCCGCUUUACAAAUCUUGGAAGACGCCAUCAAAGUGUUCGGGGAUUACGCGAAGCUGCACAUGAUGAAAGGCGAGAUAGAAGAACAGAUGGGCAAGCACGAGGAAGCGAGACAGACAUACUCGCAAGGGCUCAAGAAAUGUGCCACUAGUGUCCCGAUGUGGAUAUUACUGUCUCGACUAGAAGAAAAACUCAAGAACGUCACGAAAGCGAGAUCAGUGCUGGAGAAAGCCAGGCUAAGGAAUCCGAAGACUGCAGAAUUGUGGUUGGAGAGCGUAAGACUAGAGAGGCGGAAUGGCAGCGCUGAGAUUGCUAACGCUGUGAUGGCGAAAGCGUUGCAGGAGUGUCCCAGCGCCGGCCGCUUGUGGGCAGAAGCUAUAUUCAUGGAGUCACGGCCACAGAGGAAAACUAAGAGUGUGGACGCGCUUAAGAAAUGCGAGCACGACGCACACGUGCUGCUAGCCGUGUCUCAGCUGUUCUGGACCGAGAGGAAACUCAACAAGUGUCGCGAGUGGUUCAACAGAACGGUAAAAAUCGACCCCGACCUGGGCGACGCUUGGGCUUACUUCUACAAGUUCGAGUUACUCCACGGUAACGAACAACAGCAAGAAGACGUCAAGACUCGCUGCAAAGCGGCCGAACCACAUCACGGGGAAGAGUGGUGUAAGGUCUCCAAAGAUAUCGCCAACUGGUGCUUCACCACCAAACAGAUAUUACUGCUAGUUGCUAAGAACUUACCGGUACCUACGUGAAGAGUUGUAGUUGUUACUUUUAGGUGUAAGGUACUGUAAUUGUGGAUUAGAAGUUUAGUGAAAUUGCAACGUGAUUCGUGACUACGGCUGGUGUAAAAUCGCGACGAAACUUUAAGGUACAUACAUCAUUUUAUGAAGUUGAAGUUUAGAAGUUGAGAAAAAAAAAUAUCAUCAAAUUUCGUUUUGUUACAUUUUGUGGUAAAUUUGAACAUUAUGAACAUUGCCGUAAUAGUAAUUGUUGAAGAUAAAGGAACACAGAAAAACGUAUAUUGUAAGUGGAAUAUAAAAGUAUUUUCUGUAACUAUACAAACGUAACUUUUCAUCGUAAUAUUAUUUUAAAUGUAAGACAAAUGUGUGCUAGAAAACAUUAAAAAUAUAUAAAAAACAGAUCAAACUCCAUUACCCCCUCAGAUUGAAUAUAACAUUGUUAUAAUUCCGAUAUAAAAUAAAUUUAUUUAAUUAUGAAA